AUGCCGCAGCGCUAUGCGGCGGCCAUACCUGUGGCGUCGCGGCCGCAGCGGCCAUCUUCUUACCGCUCAGAUACAUCGCAAAGCUCCCGCACAUCGACCAUGACCUCGCAAUCUCGCCCCCGCACCCUCACCAGAGCCAGUUUUGUCGAUAAUUCUCCCUAUGCUGCUACCAUGCGCUUGCCGCGCAAUGCUCCCUCUCGACGUUCACGGCCCACCUCAGCCGUGCAUCGCAACAACGGCGCUAGCAGCCAAUCGUUGCGUCGCUCCGUCCGUGCUCGGCCCACCUCAGCCCCACUUGAGACCUCACGGCGCGCAGAGGCCGCAGCCCGCCGCAUGUACCAGGCCCGUCCCCACCUCGUGCGGUGUGUGGCUCACAAAAAUGGAACGUAUCAGCAUGGCAUCAGGGUUCAAGGCGAUACGCUACAUGCCCUGCUGCGAGCCUGCACCCAGCGCCUCGACCUGCCCUUUGCCGCCCGCCGUCUCUUCGAUGAGUCGGGCCAAGAGCUCCUCUCCACCGAGGAUUGUCAACUGCUGGAACCCCAUGCCAUCGUUUACGUGAGCCUCGGCGAGCCCUUUGCGGAUCCUUUUGCCCGCGUUGCGGCCGAGCAUCGCCGUCGACUAGGGCCCACAGCCUCCCUCUCGGCAUCUGUUGGCCUCUCUUCCGGAUUGCACGGUCGCACCGCCAACUCCCGGCCUCUGUCUGCUGGGCGCUGCACUGCCUCCAUUGAUCAAGCCGGUCGGCUUCGCGCAACCUUUUUCAACCUUGGAGAGGGCAUCAACGGCACCGCCUUGCUUCUUCCCGAUUCCCUGGAUGACGUACUCCACGCUUGCACCCGUCGGCUGGCUCUCAGUGGGCCAGCCGCUCGUCUCUUUGCCCUUGAUGGUCACGUCAUCCGAGAGGCCACUGGUGAUCUGCACGCCCUGUGUCACCCAGCGCUGCAGUACGUUAUCGGCCGCGUGGCCGGACCCUUCUGGGUUGUGGCAGGCACCGAGGCCUUUGAUACUCGCGGGCCCCUCGCAUUCAUCCAACAUCAUGUCCAGCGCCUUGAUGCGCGUAUCAAGCAGUGCGAGCAACGCAAAGAGAUUCUCGACUCUAUCAUCUCGGGCUACGAGGCUCAAGAAGCGGCUCUCGGAGAUUUGGACCUGCAGACCAAUCGCCUACAGGAGUCGCGCCGCUACCUUCUUGCUUGUCGAGCGACCUUGUUAGAGAGCGUCGCUGAUGGGCCCGAGCCGCCGCUAGCCGCCUCCAUCCCGCGCCUCAAGCCCAACUCGACGCUCGUCGAUGCUCGGCCCGCCCUGUACCUCGCUGCCGUGCCCAAUGGUCUCCCUGCCCGCCCGGAAAACAGUCGGACCUUCACCUUUCAUGUCGGGGAGGCCGAGCGGCGUGCUCAAGAUGCCCAGGGCGUCUUUGCUCUGCUGCUGGCUCGCAUCGACAGCCUUCUUGAUUUGGGUGGACCAGCCAAGCGCCUCUUUGAUAAAUCAGGACGCGAGCUACGCAAGGUGCAUCAGUUGCGCAAGGUCAACACUGUCUGGGUUUCGCGUGGCGAACCCUUUGUCCCUUACGAGGACGUGGUGUUGGGGGUCUCGCUAUCGGGCGCCCGACAGGUUUUGGUCAGAGCCCCCACUGCUUCCGACACCGAGACACCCACACCCGAAACGAGCGAGAGCUCGAACUCGCCGCAUCCCAUGUUUGUUGAGCACUUUGACGUGGUCGAAGAUGACGAACUGAAUGCCAACAACUUUGCUCUCUUGGCGGCCGACGAGCCUGUACCCGAAGCUCUCAAGUACGACGCCAAAACCGUGGGAACGGAGGCACUCGAACGGCUCAAGCCGUUGGCACACAGCACGGCCAUGCUCUUGCUGCGUCGCGAGCGCGAGGUGGCCGUCUUCCAACCGCGCGUGGCCUUUCAUCUGCGCCAGUUAGCUGACAAGUCAAACCUACUCCAGCGUUGGCAGGUGCAACCGUUGCGUACUGCCACUGAAGGGCCGACUCUGUGCUUCAUAUCCUCGCGCUUGUGUCCCUCCAUGGUCCUCACCGUGCUAGGUGACCCGGCUGCCGACUCUCCUGCGUCUCCCUUGCCGGUGGGCUUUGGAGAAGCGGCGGCAAGUAACUUGAAUGCACUCUGGUUCUUUGCAGACGAUGGCACAAUUCGAACGGCAGCCAACGCAGAGUUUGGUCUGACUCUCUCGGCAACCGUCGAUGUGGCGUUGAAACACGCUGACGAAAACACCAGCAUGGGCUUUUCUAGUACCAACAAUGACCACGGACAAACCCAGCGCGGUGAACAAGACGAGGACAGCGACGGCAAUGGCAGCCCACCGACCUCGGGUGGCGUGGCAUGGACCGCGGAUGACGCUGUCGGCGCCGAUGGCUCUAGCGCAGACCAUGUCGUGCUGUCGGUACAAGCCGUCGAAGCACCCGCAACCGCAGUGGGCCAGCGGCAGCGGUGGGCCUUCAAGUCGUAUCGCUUCGACCAGGUGGCACUCUUCAAAGAAUCACGGGACGUGAACCAGGAUCGGCGAUGGAUUGAAAAGGCUCUCAUGUGGCCCUGCGACGCCAACUGUCAGUGGAAUGCGGAAAUGCCAGCACCCCUUGAGGCCCUCCUCGUGGGCAAGGCGCCCUGGCCGACGCAGCGCAGCUCGGCUCGCUUUGACAGGCAUCUCUACCACCGCAAGCUCAAGGUUGUACCCAAUGUCAACCCCGGCGCCGAACCCUCCUCUGUGGUGUUGCCUCUAAGUGCCGGCGAGCGUGGGCGCAGCAAUACCGUGGGUAAUGCCAUGGCGCCCGCGACCUUGGCAUCAAGCCUGCCCAAGGACACGCGUCACUGGCUGAGCAAAAAGCUCGGUACGGACUGGGCCGUCAGCAUGACCGAUUCACUCACUCAGCAGCGUGAUGAGCGCCAGGAGUGGCGGCUUGAGCUGCUGUUGGUCAAGUGUGAUGCUGCACUACCACAGCUGACGGGCGCAAGUCGCCAGCUGUUCACGCCCUGGGGUGCGGCGGUGACAGACCCAGAGACAUUUGACUCAGCCGUGGUGCUGCAGGUGAGCUGUGGCGAGCCGUGGCACCCUGGUCCUGCCGUCACGCGGGCCACCAAAUUGCUCGAGGGUGAAAUUCGGGCCCUGCGCCAAGUGGCCGAGGCGUAUGCCGCUGCCGACAGCAUUGCCACUUUUGCGCAGCGCAAUGGCUCGACGUUCACGACAACAACGGACGAGGAGGCCGCCCUCCAGGCUGUGCUUAAGCCACAGCGGCAGCUCAUGGUUGGCGACGAUUGUCUGACGGCAAUCGAGGUGGCGGCUGGAGCCACGAUCACGCUGGAACCCCUGGCGCUCAACGAGCCUGGACAAAAAUGGAUUGUUGAGGACGGGCUCUUUGUGAGUGCCAUGGAUGCCAAUCUUUGCUUGGGUUGGGCCCGUCGAGAAGCACGAGCUGAAGCUGCUGCGGGCGAGGACUUUGAUGGCGAGGCUCGCCUCUGUCUGUUGGAUCGCAACACGGGUUGCUACAACAAGCUGGCGUGUGCUCAGCCGCAUUCCAUGGCGCACAGGCUGUGGAUCAACUGGCCUACCUUGAUGCCCGAGAUAAUCUCAUGUGCGGAAUAUUUUUUCUCCUUGCCCCACUUUUGUGCCCACCACUUUUUUGUUGUUGUUCGUCACGGUUUGGCUCACUGCCGGGUAUUUUGCCUGCUUAGUUGUCCGGCUUGUGCCGAGAACAGCGGCCACAAUGGCUCAUCCUCGACCCACUCGCUGAGUCUUGGCGUGCAGUCAUUUGUGUGUAGUAAUCGCAACCGAGCUCUUGAGAUUGAAUCGCGCUUUGGGUUGCGUGGACCCAAGGGGGUCUUUGCACCCCCACAGCCCGUGCCUUUGGGUGCGAGGGUCACGUUGCGCAGUGUGGAGGAUGCCGAGGAGGCUUUGGCGCGCUGGGAUCGCUAUCUGGGCCGUCUUGUCGGCGUUUUAGAUCGUCGUACCGUGCACAUUAAACGUAUGUUGCUGCUCUCUUGCAUGCUUGCCUUCGACUUGCCGAUCUUGCUUUGGUGUCACACGAGAUCCUCGUACCUUGUAGCAUCGGCUCCAACGUCCUCGCUCGAACCGAGCCGUCGCCUCAAGACAGUUUUGUACAAGAACGGCGAGGUGCUUAAAACACGGUCCAAGCGGGUUGUGGUGGUGUUGGAAAGCGACGAGCGAAGCUUGGCCUUCUUGUUGAGUGAAGCAACUCGGCUGUUAAAUCUAGCCAACGCAGCUCGGGCUCUCUUUUUGCGUGACGGGACGCCUGUAGAGCGCUUGAGCAGCCUCGGCAAAAAGCAUGUCUCGGACGCCAAUGAUCUAGAGUUGUGGGUUUCGUGCGGAGAGCCGUUUGUACGACCCGAAACGUGCUUCGAUGCCUUGCGUCAAGAGCGCCAGGAGCUGCGUGGGGCCUUUGCACGAUGCAAGGAGGAAGCACAGGCGCUAAAAAGCCAGCGCAAGAAUUUGAAAGCUUUGAUGGCGAAGGAGGCCACCGAAUCCACGGGGCGCCGUCUCGACACACUGCAAACAGAACUGGAUUCGAACAAGCUGGAUCUGGAAGCGGUGGCUGAGCGCAUGACCCAGUUUAAGGCGCGUCUGCGGCAAAUUGACUUGGCUGUACACGAGGCUGGGCGCCCCAAAAUUGCCAAAGCCUCGCAACCUCGAGACCCGGAUCUCUUUCAGCGCCUGGCCAAACCUGUGCGACCGAUGGCUCGUGUCCUGGCGCGGCGGAACGGUGCAUGGGAUGCACCGCCGCUGUUGUGCAUGGCCCGUUCGUUGGAGGAUUUGUUAGUGGACUGCACCGAAAAAUUACGAAUGAAUCCCGUUCGGCGUUUGUACACCCUGCAGGGUCAGUUGGUGCACUCCCUCGAAGAACUAGCCACGAAUCAAGAGGUCUGCAUCGUCGCACGGCAUCUCAUCAUGGUUCCAUCAUGCGCAUUGCAGGUUCUGGCGUCGGCCGGCGAGCCAUUCGUCGGUGGCAAGAGCUCGACAUCGACUGCCAAGCCACCCGUGGCCGAUUCGGGUGUUGGUGACUCUGAAGCAAUGAGCGUGAUUGAUGAGUAA